AUGGCAACCUACCUGGGACCCCAACUUUUGACAACCACCCCUAUCAAACUUGGGGAAGUCUCCCUUGAGCAGGUCACCUGCCUCCUCCUUGGCCUCCUCAGCCAAGUUGAGAACAUUGAGCGGAAACUUGAAGAAGUCAAAGAAGCAGGAAUCAAGACCCAAACCAACAUCAAAAAUAUAUCACAAACAGGGCCAAGAACCCCAGAAACCAAGGCCCUGGUUGUGGAAGCAACACCACGCCCCUUACCCAAAAUUGAGCCUAUUGGAUUGGUUAGUGGGCCCUCCUUCUGGCCCAAGCAACCAAAAGGGCUCCCCAUAUUUGCCCAGCCAGCACCAAGGACACUACCCCUGCAAGUCCCUUCUCCCCCUCCAUCUCUGUGUCUCCAAUCCCCAAUCAGAGCACCUGCCCUUCCUCCUCCGGCUCCAGCUGCCGCCUACCCCGCCCCAGUCAAAGACAAUGCCUAUACAGGCAAGAUUGGGAGCAAAGCUAAGCAAUGGCUAACCCGGAUGUUGGCCUGGACCCGCCUAAACUUGUGGAUGUUCCCCACCAAUCAAGAGGUUCUAUCCUUCCUCUUGAUGAACAUGAAGGACUCUGCCGGGGCUUGGGCCCAUCCUCACCUUGACCAGCUUGGUUUGCACCAGGCCAUUAUCCAAAUGGUUGAAGGAUUCAAGUUGGAAUUCCUGGCAGCGUUUGGCAACCCUGACGCCACAAGGGCUGCCGAGUGGAAGAUUACAACCCUUACCCAGUCCGGCACAUGCGCGGACUAUAUCACAAAGUUCAGGACCCUGGAAAUGGAACUGGACUGGAACAACGCAGCCCUUAGAGGCCAGUUUGCCCAAGGCCUCCACUGGGAGGUCAGCCAGCAAAUUGCCACCCGCAAGCACCGCCCUUGUACCCUCCUAGAGCUGCAGAAUGCAGCACUUGUCAUUGAUAAUGCUCUUUGCAAAGAGCGUGCUAGCCACCCACCAAGGGAUAAAAUUUGGAAUAAAUUCCGUGGUAUCAAGUGUGUCUACAACAGUACCGGUCAGCCAACUACUGGUUCAAAGAGACUUUCCAACAAUCCCAACUUUGUGUUGGAAGAAGAGCAAAAUUGCCGCCACGCCGCUGGCGCAUGCAUCAAGUGCGGAAAAAUGGGCCACAAGUUUGCAGAGUGCUGCACAGGCUGGAAGGCUACCCCCAUUGAGGACAAGGGGAAAGCCAAAGAAACUGCCAAAAUUGGCAAAGAGUAUGGACCCAAAGCAGGAAAAGACUAA